AAGCUUUCAAAUCCGCCUACUUCGCAUCUGGUUUUCCUCUGAUUAAAAGGAUCGGCGGGUAAAAAAAAAAAAAUGAAAAGGGGGAGUCCGUCUUCCUUUCGCCCCCUCCUUCGCGCCCACGGCUUUUGCACGGCUUUGCAUGCAGCGCUUCCAUGCUAGAGGUCUCCACCGAGCUGCACGAAAUAGGAACUGGCUGCCUUGGGAGGCUGCUUUUCUUUUGUGCAUCAUCCAGCGAACUCGGUGCGAACAGGCGCUCUGCAGGCUUCAGGUUUCGAGUUGCAUCCUGAACAAAGGCUCAUAAUCGAACCGUCCGUUUCCAGAGUUUGACGUGGAGGACAAGAAAAGGCCGGGGGAAAUUCGGGCAGGCGUCGUAUGCCACGUCUCGGCCCUUUGGCUCCCUCCCUUCUUGCAAAAGGCAGAUGGGGAGAGAGAGAAGGUGAUGCAAAGGCAGAAAGACAGCUUGGAGCCUGGUACCGCUGCAGCGGUACUGAUCACAAUAGAGCAUCUGCAAAGCCAUUGUCCCAACCCUCAGGUCUGAUCGGCCCAUUCUGGCCGGCCUCAGCCUUAAAGCCUGGCGAUUAGUUCUUGCCUUCAUCGGCUUUGGUCUCUGCAAGAAUAUCCCCUCUGCUUCCCCCCACCCUCGUCUGUUUUCACCCUUGACUCUGUCUCUGUCUGCUGCAGUAUUCCCUUGGAGAGCUCUUGGCUUUCUGCUGUGUUUUGGAUGUUUCGGAAUUGGGAGAGCCAAUGCUGAGUGCUGACAGGAUGGACGAAUUUCAGAGUGAGGAAGAAGAACCUUGGUAUGACCAGCAGGAUUUGGAGCAAGAUUUACACUUAGCUGCUGAACUGGGCAAGACGCUGCUGGAGCGCAACAAAGAGCUGGAGGAUUCUCUGCAACAGAUGUACACGACCAAUGAGGAACAAGUACAAGAGAUAGAGUAUUUGACAAAACAGCUGGAAAUGUUACGACAUAUGAAUGAGCAGCACACUAAGGUCUAUGAGCAGCUGGACAUGACAGCACGGGACCUAGAGCUGGCCAAUCAGAAGCUUGUGCUAGAGAGCAAAACAUCGCAACAGAAGAUACAAUGUCUGACAGAAACCAUAGAGGGACUGCAGAAUCAGGUAGAUGAGCUACAGAAGCAGGUUGAGGAGCUGCAGAACCUGGAUCAGCUGCGAGUCCGGCGGGAGAAAAGAGAGCGACGCCGAACUAUCCACACAUUCCCUUGCCUCAAGGAGCUGUGUUCGAGUCCUAGAUAUGAGGACGCGUUCCAUCUUCACAGCUCUUCAAUGGAGUUUAGUCAGAUGCCCUUAGAGCGUGAGAAUGAGCGACUCCAAGCAAUGGUAAAUUCCCUCCGGUCUCAAGUCAACCAGGAAAAGCAGCGGAAGGAGAGGGUGGAGAGAGAGUACACGUCUGUCAUCCAGGAGUACUCAGACCUCGAGCAGCGUGUGUGUGAGAUGGAGAGCUGCAAGCUGCGCAUUAAAGAGCUGGAGGCAGAGCUGCUGGAACUCCAGCAAAUGAAACAAGUCAAGAAGUAUCUCCUCAGCAGAGAGGACAACCUUUCAGAAGCACUUCUGGAGCCUUUAAAUAAUGCCCCGGAAUCUGAUUACAUAGACCUGUCUGAGGACGACGGAGGUAAAAACCAUGAAUCUUCCAUGGCAGCCUCUCCAAACCACCCAGUCCGAAAAAGCUGUAGCGACACAGCCCUAAAUGCCAUAGUAACCAAGGAUGCCGUGAGCCGCCAUGUGGGCAACUACACACUCCAUGCCAACAACGUACGCAAGAGGGGGAUGUCGAUCCUGAGGGAGGUGGAUGAACAGUACCACGCCUUGCUGGAGAAGUAUGAGGAGCUCCUUAGCAAGUGCCGACAGCACAAGGACAGUGUGCGUCACACCGGAGUCCAGACCUCCCGCCCCAUCUCUCGGGAUAGCUCAUUUAGAGACUUUCGGGGAGAGGCCUAUGAGAUAGAUGAGCUCAAGACAAUGGAGAAGAGCCUCAGCAAGCAUGUGGAAGCUGUGGACAAGCGGCUUGAGCAGAGCCAACCAGAAUACAAAGCCCUGUUUAAGGAGAUAUUCUCGCGAAUCCAGAAGACAAAAGCAGACAUCAAUGCCACCAAGAUGAAAAAGAAGACUAGCAAAUGAACCCAACAACAACGUCCAUCUGACUCAAACAUCCAACUCUUCCCUUUAGCCUGAGGGAUUUUUGGUCUGGCCUCCAAGGCCCAGAAACUUCUCACUUUGUUCUCUUACACAGGAAGCCCAAGGAGGAGGGAACCUCUUGGAGUGGGAAAAGCUGAAGUCAUAUUCUUUAAGUCAGUGCUCCAAGUUGGCUGGGUCCUUGAAUGUGCUGCAAAAACUGUACGUUGCAGUUGUAGCUGGUAUCAGAGGUUUUACAAAAGAAUUCCUUCAUGUCACUGUAGCGACCGGAAAUUACAGAAAGGAAAUUUCACCGACCAACUAUAGUUUCACGUUCUCCUAUUACCACUAAUUAAUUUCUGCAGACAACACGGGAUCCAGUUUGGAUUUCUUACAGUGCCCUGACUGAGAAGUCCUGGACAUAAUAAUUCAGAACUCGCUUUGGUUUUGAGAAGGCACUUCGGAACAUGUGCUUUCUCUUCUGGUAUUUCCUCCCCUGCUCCUUCCCUGUAAAGGACCAACAGAUGCAUCCGUGAGACUUGUGACUGGACUUCUCUUUUUUUCCCGAACGGAAAUAUGUUCUUCCUUGUUAAGCCAUUCUCUUAUUGGUCAGGUUUUUCAAUAUUUACAAUGCAAGUUCAUUGCAACUGGAAAAACUUGAAGAGAAAAUGUCAGACUCCUGUUACAUCUUCAUCAAGUACACCUAACUGUUCUGCUCAUAGACACAGGACAAUGUGAGUGUAGGAUUUACACUUUUUCAUUUCAGUACAUUGUCACUUCACUCCUUUAACCUGGCUUUCCUAGAAGCCAAACAAGAAGUGCUAUUACUGGCUUGGAGAGAUAUCCUCACCUUUGGGUGGAUUUUCCAUGCCUUGCUGUCUGAGUGGUUUAUCGUUCGUACUCUCUUUUGUAGCUGGCUCCUAAGACAUGAAUCGCAUGAGCUUGCUGAAACUGAACUGUGGUGACUUGUGUUGGUACAUAAGCCAAACGCCAGGUUCAGUUAUUGCCACUAACUUGCCAUUUACUGCACUAAUUCCACAAAUUCACUUAUUACGCUUCUUUUGUCAAGCUGCCUUCUUAAGGCUGCUGUAUUUAUUCAUACUUAACACUUCACAUUUGUACCGUGCAUUUACACACAAAAGGUCUCUCCAGUCUCAGGAAUCGUCAGUAACAUUUCACAGAAAUGAAAAAUUGAGCUUCUUUAAACACACACUAAUAAUUGAUAUCUAGCUGGGGUCACCUGUGUAUAUGAAGAUAAAGCAGUAUUAUAUUUCAUUAUGCAUAUGGGAAGUAUACCAGAGUUCUCUUCUGCAAGGGAACAAUAGUAGCAAUGAGCAUUAACUUACCAAGCAGUGUUAUACUUGAAGAAAUUUUGGAAGUUUCCAAUUUUAGUCGCAGCUGAAUGAAAUCCAAAGCCUGAGGUGUUUCUUUGGAGUUCAUUGUAUACAGGAUUUCAGUCUGCCUUUUCAUUAUUUCCAACAUGUUACCUACAUGUUCUCUAAUUGUUCAGCGCAGUACUUUAUUUAGCUGUGAUCCUGAAACCACAUCCUUUGCAGUCUUCAGUAUCAGGCUUGUGCAAACAGCUUGGGACUCAUGACUUCUUACAGAGAGUUAUUACAAUAGCAGGCUUUUGCCAUUUCUGCCUCUUGCCAUGCUUUUACAUUUCAUUGCAUUGUCUCUGGUUUUGAGCAAAAUAGUGGCACAAAGUGCUAGUUUUGUGAACUGAGUAAAUACAGGGUAGAAAGGUAAUCGUGGAGGACCCAAUGAUUAAGUCAAAUCUGAUGUGUUUUCACUCAUCCACCAUCAGAUUAUCAUCUUGCUGUACAUUUUGUAGACUCUUGCGGUGGGAUACUACGGAGGGGGGUUAUGUUCAGUCAAUUAAGAUCACUUUUGUAUUUUAAGGUAGCCUGCCCAGAGGCAUCCUGUUCUGGGUAUAUUCUUCCUCUUCUACUCAAUGCCAAAACUUGUCUUCUUUUAUACCCAUGAUGUAGCUCAAACUUGGAAGUAUUAGGAGCCAUAGACAUGAUAGUGGCUACCUGUCUGGUAACCACAUGAAAAACCUUCAUGCCUUACAGUGUGGGAAAAAAAAUCAAUUAUCUGGAAACAAUAAUAAAGAAAGAGCAUUAACCUUGGCCUUGGUUGCUGCCAGCACAGUUGCUGGCAUUUUGAUUAGCUUUCCUUUACCUUUCUAACUAAGAGAUUUUUGGAGCACUGUUUGGUUCUGAAAGUCAUCUGUUUGUUCAGUAUUUGGGGAGGGAGGGGACCAUUGCAAUCAUCUUUGGUUUUGAACACUGUUAAUGUGCAAACCAGCAUCCAACUUAAGUGUAGUAUACUUCAAAUUAAUAUAUUUAAAAAUGCUUUAUUCUGUUCUUAAAUAAAAAAGAAACUCCAGUAUUCUGACCACCGACCUU